UCUAAUACUAUACCAAGUUAGGCCAAAGCCCCAUUAAAAAGCAACCACAAUCUAGCAUCUUCUUCUUCUCCUCCUCCUCCUCCUCCUCCAUCUGCUCCUUGUGGCAUGAGAUCAAUGGCCUUAACAUGUGAUUUUUCGCCGACGAAGAUCAUAUCCGCUGAAAAAUCUAGCUUAAUUAUAAAACCUAUCAGCAAAGUUUUGAGGCUCAAACACAGAUACAAUAAUAUCCCAGUACUCAAGAAAACAGUAACCCCGCUCAAGAUCACAUCCUCCUUCAAAGAAAAGGUUUUCGAGGAUCGAUCCAAUGGAAUAAUCUGCUACGCAGACGAAAGCGGAGAAAUAGUCUGCGAAGGAUACGAUGAGGGUCCUCGUUAUCACCAACAGAUUCAGAGAAAAUCUUCUCAUUCAAGAGACUCGGAGAUGUUUGAUAUUCUUCAACAAAGAUGGAUCAAUUUUGUUAGAGGCACUGAAUUGAACCCUGCUGCUGAUCAGAAAGGUGUUGCUGUGCAAGGGGACAUCAACUGCAAUGGAUUUAACUCAUUUCGCUAAUUAUUUGUGCGAGUCAAUUAUAGAAACGUUUCGACUUUCAAAACAACUCUGCUGCUUCAAUUAUAUUAUUGUUAUUAUGUAACAUGAUGUGCUACCAAAAAAGGAUCAUCUCCGUUUACAGAAUGUAAAUAGCAUGUAUAAAUGAACCGUUCUUGAACAUCAACUGAUGCUCUAAUGAACUAAAUGAUCCCACUACUUCUUUUCUUACUCUUUUGGCAGUUAUAGUUACCAUAAUUGGAUUACAUACAUUUAGAGGAAAGCUAAAGUAUGUACUCCUUAACUUACCUCUCUAGUUUUAUCUUAAAAUUCUGUCCCGCUUAAAUUAAUAUUUA